AUGUAUCCAAAAACGGUUUUUCAUUCGAGUUUUUCCUCGCCGCGAGAGAGACAAUUCGUCUUUACCGCGAAACACCCCAGUGGUCAGUUGUCUCUCAGGGCUGCUGCCAAGGCCUACGGGGUGAACAAGGACGCGCUCUCGCGACGUUUGAGCGGUGCUAUGGCCAUGGAUGCGAGGGUUGGCCCCGAGACUGUGCUGAGCAAGGCGGACGAUUAUGCGGUGGAAGAUGCGUUGAUCUACGCUUCUCGACACUUUCUGAGUUUCGGUCGGCAGCAGCUUAUAGAUGCGGUGCGAGUGCUCUGCCUCCACGGACGCCCGGUGCCCUGGGACCCAGAUAAGGGCCCGGGGCGCAGCUGGCUUGACGGCUUCAUGGCGAGGCACCCGGCGUUGUCGGAGCGAACAACUCACAUCUACGAGGCAAACCGGAUCAACGAAAACGAUGAGCCUCGGCUCAAAGAUGUCUACAAGGCAUGGGGAGCAUACGUCAUGGAGAACAAGCUCACAGCGGACCGCGUGCUCAACACGGAUGAGACAGUUGAGUUCUGGCAAGGUUCCACCCCGCAAGGAACGAAGGCGGGGAAGGCGUUCGCCUUGAAAGGCUCCAAGGUGCCGGGUACGAGGCGUGCGAACUCGAGGGAAAACACCACGAUCGUCUCCACCAUCGGCGCCGACGGCCACACCUACGACCCCACCAUUAUUUACAAGGGACAGCGCAUGCAACCGGAUUGGGUCGCCGACGACAACGGCAUCCCCGGUGCGAGGUACACCGUCACGGAGUCUUCCUUCAUCCAGAGCGACGUCUUCCUCAGCUACCUUCGGAACCUCCGCGAACAGCUCAACGCUCGUGGCUUGCAGGGCAAAGUUGCCCUUGUGCUUGAUGGCCACGCCUCGCACACGACCUUCGAAGCCAUCUCCUUGGCGAUUUCUCUGGACAUCGACCUCUUUCAGCUGCCGUCCCACACAUCGCACAUGACCCAGCCCUUGGACGUCGGUACGUUCGGAACCUUCAAGAAGCAGAUGACCAAGGUGCUCAAUGCCUACCCGCUUCAAAACGGAGGGAGGAGUCCGGGAAAGCGUGACAUGGCUGGUGUGAUUGGCAGGCAUGGGCCGGGAGUUUUACAUCUUCGAACGACAUCUCGUCAUUCAGAGGGGCGGGCCUAUGGCCGGUGGACAUGGAGAAGGCUAAGCGCGCGGAAAGGAAGGCAGCGAAGGAGGCCGACCGCGCGAACGGUGGAGGUCGUGGGCAGGUUGGCCGGCGGGCGGGCGGGCAGGGGGGCGGGCGGGCGUGCGGGCGGGACGGGGGGCGAGGCGGAAGGAGCAGCGGAGGGCCGAACGGGGGACGUGGUGGAGGGCGGGGAGAGAUGA